CACAAUUUUCCUCCAAUUUGAUUAAAUUGUCAAGCCUGUUUGCAAUGGCGAAAACCUGCAUCGUUUUCAUCACUCUGAUGGCCCUCAGUUUCUCCCUCCUUGCUUCGGCAUUUGAUGAGCAACCACUGCAAGAUUUUUGCGUCGCGAAAGCCACUAGCCCAGUGAAUGUGAAUGGCAAGACUUGCAAGGAAGCCAGCAGCGUUACCGUAAACGAUUUCGUGUUCGCUGGUUUGCACCUCGCCGGCAACACCACAAAUCCUGCAGGCUUCAGCGCUACCCAAGUAUUUGUUGCUGAGCUGCCAGGGCUGAACACCCUGGGCAUCUCCAUGCUACGCUUUGAUUUUGCGCCAUGGGGGCUGAACGCACCUCACGUUCACCCCAGAGCCACUGAAAUGAUCACUGUUCUUGACGGAGCUCUCGAAGUCGGCUUCAUAACUUCAGCUCCUGAUAACAAGCUUUUCGUCAAGGUCCUUCAAAAGGGCGACGCCUUCGUCUUUCCUGUGGGACUUGUCCACUACCAGCGAAAUGUCGGCUAUGGAAAUGCUGUCGCCAUUGUUGCACUCAACGGCCAAAAUCCUGGUCUGGUAUCUGUUCCAAGCACCGUCUUCGGAUCAAACCCAGCCAUCCCUUCUGACGCUCUGGCCAAAUCAUUCCAGAUUGACGAGAGCACUGUGGAAGUGAUUCGGUCCAAGUUCUAGGCUAGCCGAAGUGGGAGUCAUGAACUGUGACCAAUUACGCAAUUCCUUCAUACUAUGAAUUGGAGUUCAAUUUCAAGAUUUAUUAAAGGGGCUU